AUAUCGUGUGUGACUAUUUUAUUGUCUUUGUUCCCUGUGAAAAUGUCAGUUCCAUAUGGGCAAGGCUUUUUUUCUCUCCUUCCAGGGCCGAACCCCCAGAGUCCUUCCCAGUGCCUGGCAUGUAGCAGGUAUUCAGUCACUGUUUAUGCAGUGAAUGAGUGAGCCUCAGUGUCCUCACCUGGAGAAGGGGAUUCAUAGGAAAGGAGAUAAUUUGUGUCGAGGACUUGCCUCCCUGCCUGCACAUUGUGAGCGUGCAGGAGGUGGUAGCUGCUGCUGCGGGUAGAAGGCUGGCCACCUGGGUCCCAUGCAAGCGGCACUCCCCCGGUGUAGACUGACCUGCCUGCUGCAACCUGGGCUGGGCGUGCUGGGCGCGUAGGUCGGCCUGGAUGAGCGCCUUCUGCCGCUCCGGUCAGCCUGUGUCCGCAGAGGUCAGCCUCACCACCUCUUCCAGCUUUGACAGUGCCUUCCUGCCCAGAGAUGGAGAGAGACCGGAUGUGGUCACCAACCUUGACCCGGCCAGGGGUGCAGGGGUGCAGAUCUGGGCCAUCUUCCGGGGGUCUGGGGCUAGGGGCAGCCCUGGAGGAAGAGCGUUCAGUUCUAAGGAGCAAAAGCAGGCAGGGCCCUGCCCCUGGAGCUUGUAACUCAUGUGUCCUCGGGGCUCCUGAGCCUUGGCUGCCUCGUCUGUAAAGUGGGGUGUCAAUGCAAACCUAGCAGGCCAGCGUGAGCUGGGGGAGGCUGGCUGCUGGCACCCUGCUGGCUGGUGCUGGGGAAGGGAGCAGGGACGGGGUACAGAGCGACCAAGGGGGUUGGCUGAGGCUCCGCUGGAAGGGUCUGGGAGGGCACGUCAGUCAGUGUCCGUCAGCUGUGGUAAGGGUUUUGGGCAUCAUCGAAAGGGCAGGACCCUGUUUGAGGAAGGCAGUCCGGGUUGAGUUGGCCGCCUCCAUCUGUCACCUGGGAGCUUUUGAAGCUGUGGAUGCCUGGCCCUCCAUCAGAGAUCCCGAUCUCCUUGUCUGAGUUGUCCAGGCCAGGGCUCUUCCGGUGGGUUUCAUAAGCAGGCAGGGUUCAGGACCACUAGGCGGGGUUCUUAGCCACAUUCGCCACGGGAAUCAUCUCUGUCAGGUCCUCUUACAAACAUUCCCAUUUACCAGAUGGAGGAGACAGGGCUCAGGCAGGGGGGUUGGUCUGACUUCGGCCUCUGCAGCACCGCCUCUCGCUCAGUGUUGGGGGAGCCCCCCCACCCCUAUGGCACUGGUUUUCCAGGCUCCUUGGUGGCUUUAGCCUGGGGCAGGAAACCAUGCAGGAAGUGUCGAGAGAGCUGCUAAUCUUGCCUGAGCCCCUCUGGGUGGUAGCGGGGUGACAGGCCUUUCGCCCUUGGUAUGGCCUGACUCUGCUGGGGCCAAGGGAGGCUGGGGCCCGGGGGCAAGCAGGCUCAGCCUCCCAAGGGCGCUCCUUGUGGAGGUGACAUGUUCUGCAUUGUCCAGACCUCUGGAGACUAGGUGUGCCGGAGUCGUAAUGUCAGCAGGGAAGCGGGGAGGAGGGGGCUGCCUUCCAGAUAACUGGGUCCAGGGUUUGUUCCUCCUUGUUUUCUGUUAGCAUUUGGCCCUGUUCUCCAGAGUGGAGGAGGUAUUGCUUUGUGACGCUGAGCAGUGAGAGACUUUGGGCCCAGCUAGGCGGGGUCGGUGCUGGCUCUGGUACUUCCUUGGGCUACGUGCCUUGGGCAAGGGCCCCCUGGUUUCCGAGCCCUGGUUUUCUGAGCCACCUAACUGGGGUCACAGUCCUUAGCUUACAGGCGCAGGUGAGGCUAGGUGAGUUGUGCAGGUAAAGGUCUUAGCACAGUUCUUGGCCCAAAGUAAGCAUCUGAUAGACGAUACUAGUGACGGCACUUCCAAUGGAAUAGGCCCUUGCAGCCCAGCUCUGUCCAGGACAGCGCCCCCUGGAGGCCCCAGAGGCCGGUAACUGCCCAGGGAGGUGUGUGGGCUGUGGGCACCAGCAAACAGCUGGUCAAAGAGCAUGGCCCUCUCAGGCCCAAGACCCAGAGUCCUGCUGUGUUGGCCCAGCAUCUCCUUCAUCUUGGGCCUCCUGUGGUCACAGCAACCAGCCGGGGCACCUGAGCACCCAAAGAAUGUCUUUCAAGGCUGGAUGCUACUGGGCUGCCUGGGGCUCUGCCAGCUUCUCCUGGCCCCGGAUCCCAGAGCCUAGGGACAUUGGCAUUCAGACCCUGCCACUUCUCCUCUGGCUACCAGGGGUGGGAGGCAGGAGCCGGCUGGUUGAGGACCUGGGAGUGGGUGGUCAGUCUCUCUCUUGCCCCUUCUCCCCUGGGCAACAUUCCCCCACCCCCUAACCACUGUGGCACCUCAGGGAGGCUGUGCAAUUCCCCCAGGAGAAAUGGGGUCAUGAGUGAGGCCACUGGGGAAGGAGGUAUUUCUGGCCCAGCAGGUGUGGCCUGUGCUGGUGUCCUGGCAGGUCUUCUCAGCUGCCCUGGCAAGAGGAGUGUGACUUCGAUAUUUCUGGAAAGUGGAAGGGAGAGGGAGCUGAAAGUGCUGAGCCGCGGAGUGUAGGUGAACAUGCUCAAGCCUCUGCAUUUGUGAAGCAGCUGAGCCAGUCUGGCAUGUGCUGCUCAAGGCCAGGCCUCCGUCCUCUCGUGCCCCGUGUGGGCGCUCUGGGGGCCGAGAGUGCCCGGGUCGGCCGGCUGACGGACCUGUUGGGCCCUCUGCAUCUUUGCCUGGAGUUCUAGGUUGCACUGAGCAGGGCUUGUACCCUCAGCUAGGCCUCUUGUGCCCUCGCCUCGGGAGAUGUCACCCACCGGAGCCCACACUCCCCUGCAGGCACUCACUGGGUUGUGCCAGGCUGCCCAGCACAAGGCAUCCCGGUUGAAGAGCCCUUUUCUGGCAGGCAGACCCCGUGGGGUCCCAGCGAGCCUGCUCUAGGCAGGGUGCGCUGUACUGCACCCUCUCUGCGUGGGGGCCUCUGCGGGGCGUGCUGGCUGGGGGUGCAGCCCCAGAGGCCGGUGUGUGGUGGGGGUCUGGGCUCAGGAGUUGACUGCUGCGUGAGCUGCAUGCACUCCUCACCCCUUGGAACUCAGCUUCCCCAUCUGUGAAAUGGAGUUAAUGGCUCCAGCUCCCUCGGCUGCCGUGGGGAUUGAAAGGAGAGGGUGAGGAGAGGCAUUUGGGAAGCAGCUGCAGUUCUAACCCAUACCCAUUGGGCAGGUUCCAUCUUAGGACGCACGGAAGCGGGAGGUGGUGAGGGUGACCAGGAGUCCAAGCUGACUCUCAGGCCUGUGCCCGCCCCUGUCCCAGGCCCGGGGGUGUAGACUCUGCCAUGAGGCCACUGCGUCUCGUUUACAGGUGGGAGGGGCCUGAGGAACACUGGGCCUGGCUGUGUUUAUGAAAAUGGGGAAACUGAAGCUUGAGAGUGGCCCAGGCUCCUGGCUUGGGAGGCUUUCUGGGCACUGGUGCCUGGGCCCCGGGUGCCCCGCCUGUGCAGCAGCUCCCACAGGGGAGAGCAGCAGUUGCAGACUUCCAGCCUGGGCUCAGGCGGUGCCUACCCUUCCUGCCGCCCUCCUACUUGGUGCUUCUCCCUUCUGAGGCUCAGGUCAGAACCUCAGACCCACCCCUGCCCCCUAUCCCCACAUCCAAACCAUCAGCACAUCUUGUCACUUCCAUCUUCAUAGUCUGUCCACUUCUCACCCACUCCAUGGCCAUCUCCCUACUCCUGCCCUCAUCAUUGCUUCUGCCCUGGUCUCCCAUUUCCCACGGGGCUGCCUAGGAACAGCUGAGUCAGGUCACAUCCUUCCUCUGCUCAAGAACCCUCCAUGGCUCCCACCUCACUCAGCGUAAAAGCCAGAGUCCUCCCUGUGGCCCACAAUCCCCUGCAAGAUCUGCCCCAUCACUUCCCUGUUUGUGUCUUCCUGCUCUCCCCCUCCACACUCUGCUCCUGCCACAGUGGUCUGCUGCUUAAACAUGCCAGGCACAGUCCAGUCUCAGGGCCUUUGCAGUGGCUGUUCCCUCUGCCUGGAACGCAUUUCCCCUGGAUGUAUGCAUGACUUGUUCCCUCAGUUCCACUGGCCUUUUUAGAUGCCCCUUCCUCAGGGAGGUCUUCCUUGACCGCUCUGUCUAAAACGGCCAUACUCCCCCACCCCACCCCUGCCACCUUUCUCUUUUUGUCUCCACAGCUCUUGGUGCAAAACAUGCCACUAUUUAUUGUGUGUCCCUACCCACCCCCAGCCCACGCCUGGAAUGCAGCUUCUGUGAAGGCAGGGGUUUGUUCACUGCAGUGCCCAGGGGAAGAGGGGAGGCAGGAAAGGAUGAAUGCAUGAAGGAAGGAGCGUGAGGCAGUGGCUCCCCGAGGCCUCUUGGCUGGUGGAGAUUCUGGACGCAAAGACCCGGGAGAAGCUGUGCUUCCUGGACAAGGUGGAGCCCCAAGCCACCAUUGCUGAGAUCAAGAACCUUUUCACCAAGAGCCAUCCACAGUGGUACCCCGCCCGCCAGUCCCUCCGCCUGGACCCCAAGGGCAAGUCCCUGAAGGAUGAGGAUGUUCUGCAGAAGCUGCCCGUGGGCACCACGGCCACCCUCUACUUCCGGGACCUGGGGGCCCAGAUCAGCUGGGUAACGGUCUUCCUGACAGAGUACGCCGGGCCCCUUUUCAUCUAUCUGCUCUUCUACUUUCGGGUGCCCUUCAUCUAUGGCCACAAAUAUGACUUCACGUCCAGUCGGCACACGGUGGUACACCUUGCCUGCAUCUGCCACUCAUUCCAUUACAUCAAGCGCCUGCUGGAGACGCUCUUCGUGCAUCGCUUCUCCCACGGCACCAUGCCGUUGCGCAACAUCUUCAAGAACUGCACCUACUACUGGGGCUUCGCCGCGUGGAUGGCCUAUUACAUCAACCACCCUCUCUACACACCGCCAACCUACGGAGCUCAGCAGGUUAAACUGGCGCUCGCCAUCUUUGUGAUCUGCCAGCUCGGCAACUUCUCCAUCCACAUGGCCCUGCGGGACCUGCGGCCAGCUGGGUCUAAGACCAGGAAGAUCCCAUACCCCACCAAGAACCCCUUCACAUGGCUCUUCCUGCUGGUGUCUUGUCCCAAUUACACCUACGAGGUGGGGUCCUGGAUUGGCUUUGCCAUCAUGACACAGUGCCUCCCAGUGGCCCUCUUCUCCCUGGUGGGCUUCACCCAGAUGACCAUCUGGGCCAAGGGCAAGCACCGCAGCUACCUGAAGGAGUUCCGAGACUACCCGCCCCUGCGCAUGCCCAUCAUCCCCUUCCUGCUCUGAAUGGCAUCCCCUCACCCAGGCUCAGCCAGCCAGGCUCGUGUCCCCCCGCCCCAGUGUCAUUCUGGGCGAGGAGUGGGAACCACUGCUCUCCAGCGUCUGGAAUAAAACCUGCCUGCCCAGCUGGA